UUGCAAUGCAAUUUCAUCUCUUUGUUAAAGGGUCCCUCUUUGUUCGCUCCGUCAACUCUGUUUUGCUCACGUACUCGUGCACCCCAAGAAAAAAAAAUCUCGUUUUUAACAUAUAUAUACACUCCCACAUUGAUAAGAGUUUCGUAUAUUUUGAUACACUACAUCACACACACUCACACUAGUCUCCACUAUCUAAAGCUUCAAUCUUUACACUCUUUAACAGCCCUUUUCAUCUUUUACAUUGAAAACCCACCAAUAAUAUAGCUUGGAGGCUUAUCUUUUUGAUAUAUUUGAUAAGAUUAUGGGGAUUAGUGAUUUGUUUUUGGUGUCUGGUGGGGGUAAUAUUGGGCUUAAGCCCAUUUUUCUACAUGGGUUUUCUGGGGUUUUGCAUUUGGUGUUCUUGUUUAUGUUGUUAGGUUCUUGGGUGUUUAAGAGAUUUAGUGGGAAACAAGGGUUUAGUGGUGAUAAUGUUGUGAGGUGGGGUUAUUAUAGAUUGGCCUUGUUGACUAGUUGGGGUUUGGCUAUUUUUAGUGUGGUGAUUUGUUUGUUGAGUAAUUUUUAUUGGUAUAGAAAUGGAUGGUCUGAUGAUAAGGUUUUGGUGAUUUUUGAUUCAGUGAGUAAAGCAGUUACUUGGGUGGUGGUUUCUGUUUAUGUUAGUACUCAGGUGAAAAAUUCAGGUGAAGUUAAGUACCCUUUAGUGUUGAGGGUCUGGUGGUGUUUUUACUUUUCGAUAUCGUGUUAUUCUGUUGUUCUUGACUAUGUUUUCUACAUAAAGCACCAGUCUUUAGAGCUUCAGUUUGUGGUUUCUGAUGCAUUGUAUGUAGUUACAGGGUUGUUGUUGUGUUUUGUGGGGUUUAUGGGUAGAAGUGAGGUAAGUGGAAAUGAAAAUGGAAAUGGCCUUUUGCAAGAACCCCUUUUGAGUGCUGACUCGAAUGGGUUGAGUAAUGGGGUAGAGUUUAGGGAGUCUCGAGGAGGUGAGACUGUGACCCCGUAUGCCAGUGCUAAUAUAUUUAGUACCCUUACUUUCCAUUGGAUUGAUUCUGUGGUUGCAUUGGGAUUUAAGAAGCCACUAGACCUCGAGGAUGUUCCUCAGCUUGCAAGUAUGGAUAGUGUCAAAGGAGCAUUUCCACGUUUAAGUGAUGAGUUAAGGUUUGGUGGGGGUGAUAAUAGUAUAAUGACCACGUCUAGGCUAGUGAAGGCACUGAUGUAUACAACGUGGAAAGAAUAUUUGUUCACCGCGGUUUUGGCAUUUGUAAACACUGUGUCUACCUAUGUUGGUCCCUACCUCAUAGAUUCGCUAGUUCAGUACCUGAAUGGACGUCGUGAGUUCAAAAAUGAAGGCUACUUCUUAGUUUCUGCAUUUGUUAUUGCAAAAGUUAUUGAGUCUUUGACGGUGAGGCAAUGGUACUUUAAGUUGCAACAGGUUGGAAAUAGAGCCAAGGCAGCUUUGAUUGCCCUAGUCUACCACAAGGGAUUGACCCUCUCAGGUCAAUCAAAGAAGAGUCACACCAGCGGGGAGAUCAUAAAUUUCAUGACUGUGGAUGCAGAGAGGAUAGGCGACUUCAGCUGGUACAUGCAUGAUCCAUGGCUGGUCUUCCUUCAGGUCAGUUUAGCAUUGGGGAUUUUAUAUAAAAAUCUUGGACUUGCUUCAAUUGCCACGUUCUUUGCAACCGUGAUAGUGAUGCUAGCAAAUGUUCCAUUGGGGAGAUUAACAGAGGAUUAUCAAACUAAUCUAAUGGAAUCCAAAGAUCAGAGGAUGAAGGCAACGUCAGAAAUUUUAAGGAACAUGAGAAUUCUCAAGCUUCAGGGCUGGGAAAUGAAAUUUUUGUCUAAAAUUAUGGAGCUUAGAAAUACUGAGGCUGUAUGGUUGAAAAAGUAUGUGUUUACUAAUGCCUUCAUUACUUUUAUCUUUUGGGGUACUCCUACGUUUGUGGCUAUGGUAACUUUUGGUACAUGUAUACUUCUUGGGAUCCCACUUGAAUCCGGAAAGAUUUUAUCUGCUCUUGCAACAUUUAGAAUCCUUCAGGAACCUAUUUAUAGUCUUCCAGACGUAAUUACAAUGAUUAUUCAGACCAAAGUUUCGCUUGACAGGAUUUCCUCAUUCCUUCGUCUUGAUGACAUUCAGACAGAUGUUGUUAAGAGGCUUCCAGUAGGCAGUUGUGAUACUGCAGUUGAAAUAGUCGAUGGAACCUUUUCCUGGGAUGUAUGCUCUCCUAAUCCAACACUCAAAGAUAUCAAUUUCAAAGUGUCUCGUGGCAUGCGGGUGGCUGUGUGUGGUAUUGUUGGAUCGGGAAAGUCGAGCCUAUUGUCUUGUAUUCUCGGGGAAGUACCAAGACUUUCAGGAGUUAUUGAGAUAAGUGGAACAAAGGCGUACGUUGCUCAAUCUCCGUGGAUUCAGAGUGGAAAGAUAGAAGAUAAUAUAUUGUUUGGUAAAGAGAUGGACAGAGAAAGGUACGAGAAGGUUCUUGAAGCAUGCUGCUUAAAAAAGGAUCUUGAAAUUCUUUCCUUUGGAGAUCAAACAGUAAUAGGGGAGAGGGGAAUAAAUUUAAGUGGUGGCCAGAAGCAGAGAAUACAAAUUGCCCGUGCUCUCUACCAAGAUGCGGACAUAUAUCUCUUUGAUGAUCCAUUCAGCGCGGUGGAUGCUCAUACAGGAUCUCAUCUUUUCAAGGAGUGCUUACUGGGGCUUUUGGAGUCGAAAACAGUGAUAUACAUUACUCAUCAAGUAGAGUUCCUGCCUGCUGCAGACCUCAUACUUGUGAUGAAAGGUGGCCGCAUUGCACAAUCUGGAAAAUAUGGAGAUAUACUCAAUUCAGGGAGCGAGUUUAUGGAACUUGUGGGUGCCCAUAAGACAGCUUUAUCUGCCCUUGAUUCCAUGAAUGCUGUUUCAGCAUCCAAAGCUCUGAAUGUUGGUGAAGAUAGAAACGUUGGAGGUGAUAAUAACUCAAAAGAAACCAGUAAAGUUGAAGAUGGUAAACCACCAGAAGAUAUAGCAAGCCUAAAAGGACAGAUUGUUCAAGAAGAAGAGAGAGAGAAAGGGAGAGUUGGUUUCAUAGUCUAUUGGAAAUAUAUUACAACAGCAUAUGGGGGUGCUCUUGUGCCCUUCAUAUUAUUGUCCCAAGUUUUAUUUCAGAUUCUUCAGAUUGGAAGCAAUUACUGGAUGGCAUGGGCAAGUCCAGUGUCCGAAAGUGCGGCACCUCCUGUUGAAAGUUCUACGCUUCUGAUAGUUUAUGUAGCAUUGGCAGUAGGAAGUUCCUUUUGCAUCCUUGCCAGAGCCAUGUCUGUUGCAGCUGCUGGGUACCAAACAGCCGCAGUGCUCUUCCAGAAAAUGCAUUUGAGCAUUUUCCGUGCUCCAAUGUCUUUCUUUGAUUCCACACCAAGUGGGCGCAUCUUAAAUAGAGCAUCUACAGACCAGAGUACAGUUGAUUUAAACAUGCCUUAUCAAGUUGGGACUUUUGCCUUUUCCAUCAUACAACUUCUUGGGGUUAUUGCUGUAAUGUGUCAGGUGUCAUGGUGGAUCUUUUUGGUUUUUAUUCCUAUCAUUGCAUUAUGCAUUUGGUUACAGCAAUAUUACUUGCCUGCAGCACGGGAACUAGCACGAUUAAUUGGGGUCAGUAAAGCUCCAGUCAUCCAACAUUUUGCUGAAACAAUCUCAGGAUCAACUACAAUUAGGAGCUUUGAUCAAGAACGCAGAUUUCGUGACACGAGUAUGAAGUUGAUUGAUGCAAACUCUCGGCCAAAGUUUCACACUGCUGGUGCAAUGGAGUGGCUAUGCUUCCGCUUGGAUAUUUUGGCUAAUCUUACAUUCGCCUUUUCCUUAAUUUUGUUGAUAUCUAUCCCCGAGGGAACAAUUUCUCCGAGCUUAGCAGGCUUAGCAGUUACGUAUGGGCUUACUCUAAAUAUGUUACAAGGUUGGGUUAUAUGGAACCUUUGCAAUUUGGAGAAUAGAAUUAUAUCAGUUGAAAGAAUACUUCAGUAUGCUUCUAUCCAGAGUGAGCCUCCUCUUGUCGUAGAACAAAAUAGACCAGAUGAUAAUUGGCCAUCUUCUGGUAAAGUUGAUAUUUGUAAUCUUCAGGUACGGUAUGCCCCUCAUAUGCCUCUUGUUUUGCGAGGUCUUACUUGCACCUUCCAGGGAGGAAAGAAGAAUGGAAUUGUAGGGAGAACUGGAAGUGGUAAAUCAACUCUUAUACAAACAAUAUUCCGUAUUGUGGAACCAACCACCGGUAAAAUCUCUAUAGACGGUAUCGACAUAUCCUUGAUAGGAUUGCACGACUUGCGAUCUAGAUUAAGCAUUAUUCCGCAAGAUCCAACCAUGUUUGAGGGGACAGUGCGAAGCAAUCUGGACCCUCUUGAAGAGUAUACAGAUGAACAAAUUUGGGAGGUUCUUGACAAGUGCCAAUUAGGCGAGGAAGUCAGAAACAAGGAGAAAAAGCUCGAUUCAACAGUAUCAGAGAAUGGGGAGAAUUGGAGUGUGGGACAAAGGCAAUUAGUAUGUCUCGGUCGUGUGUUACUCAAGAAAAGCAAAGUUUUAAUCCUUGACGAGGCGACUGCAUCAGUUGAUACAGCUACUGAUAAUAUGAUCCAGGAGACUCUGAGGCAACACUUUACGGAUUCCACAGUCUUAACCAUAGCACAUAGAAUAACAUCUGUGCUCGACAGUGAUAUGGUUCUUGUGUUAGAUAACGGAUUGGUUGAAGAAUACGAUACUCCUGCAAAAUUGCUGGAGAACAAAUCGUCGUCGUUCUCCAAGCUAGUAGCAGAGUACAGUGUAAGAUCAAAUACAAGUUUCGAAAAUAAAGGAAAACCUUGAAUGUCAGAAAUCUAUUCAGGCACCAUGGAACCAUUAUGAUGAUGAAGAAAAACGAGACUGAGCAUUGAUUAGUUGUUGAGUUAAUUAGUAAUGUGUACUCUACUCAAUAAAGAUUAACUAUUUGAGAGUUUGGUUAUAGCUUAGCGGCAAGACUUUUUCCAAAGGCCAAGAGUUCGGCAUUCUCACUUCUUUAAGAUAUUUUUAAAGCAUUAUAAAAUGAUGAUUCCCUCU